CCGCGCAAGAAAAUAGGAGAGGUCGGAAAGAAAGAGCCCCUAUUCCAACAUACAAAUACCAACUUCACACGCAAACCCGCACUCUCCCUUCGCAAUGUUCGCCCACAAGCUCAAACGGGAUGCACCAACCCGUCCCACCUCCGAAAUGCCCCUCCCCUUCCUCCCCUUCGUCUUCCUCGCCCACUUCACCCAAACAGUAACCUCCGUCCUCACAACCGAAGCUCACCGCACAACCGCAACCCUCACCUCCCACCUCGAAGGGCUCCGCCUCCAGGCCCGCGGGCCCGAACACUCCUUCCACCACUUCCCCCUCCUCCCCGCCGAGCUCCGCCUCAAAAUCUGGCAACACGCCUGCGACCACCCGCGGACCCUCCUCGCAACCCACGCCCCGAACCCGGCCUUGCUCGCCGUGAACCGCGAGGCGAGGUACGAGGCCCUACGGCGGUACACCCUCGUGAGGCUAAACACUUGGGGCGACAGGCGGAUCUACAUUGACUUUUUGCGGGACAGCAUCGCCGUGGUGGAGGGCAAGGGGGGUGGCGGGUUCCCCAUCCGCGGGGCGAGGCAUGUCAUCGUCGUGUGCGAGGAGCCGUUUCGAAACCCGGGGUCGUGGUUGAAGUGUCGGUAUCGUGCUGGGCUGGAGACGUUGACGCUGGUGUUGAGCGGGACGAAGACGGGCGGCGGCAGGGUUCUUGCGCCGCUUCCUGAGAUUCGGGAGUUGUGUACGCCCGAGGAGGUUCAGGCGAGGCUUGGGUACGAGAAGGAGGAGGCGGAGAGGAUAGGGGAGGAGGUCAGGACGUUGGCGGAGGGGUGGGGGAACACGCGGAUCCGUGUGGGGGAGUUUGUCUAGGUUUCCCAGAGACGGAGACGGAGGACGAGGAUGAAGCGUAAUGAUCUUAUCCGACACGAC